AUGAAUGAAAUAGAGGAAUAAGAAGCGUCUCAUUAUUCAACAAUAAAUGAAUUAAAAUCAGAAAUUUAAAUAGUGUCUUAGAAAGAAGAGAAUUCUGUAAUAAAAUCAGAUAGUAUAAUAAAUUUUGAUGAUACCUUAACUCAAAUAGGGUUUGGAAGAUUUUAAAUAAUGCAGUACCUGGUAUCAAUAAUUUUGGGAAUAAUGGAAGGAGCAUAAAUAACUAUAUUUACUUUAAUGAUACCUAUCCUAAAGAAUGAAUGGAAUAUAUCUGAAUCAAUAGUGUCUUUAUAAACAAGUUUUAUUUUCAUCGGAUUUCUAGUUGGAUCUAUGUUAUCAGGUUAAUUUACUGAUAGAUAUGGAAGGAAAUUUCCUUUUAUUUUUAGUACUUUAUUCACAGUGCUAAUUUGUUUUGCUACAAUUCUUUGUACUAAUGUCUAUGAGUUACUAAUUAUGAGAGGAUUAAUGGGUAUAUUUGUAGGUUUCUUUGCUCCAUGUUGUGUAACAUUAUUAUAAGAGAUAACCCCAAAUAAUUUAAGAGGUUAGAUGACUGGAUCUGUAACAUUAAGUGUUGCAAUAGGUUAAUUGUACGGUUUUUUUAUGGCUUCAUUAAUACUGGAUGGAAUAAAUGGAAGUUGGAGAUGGUUAACUUUUCUUGGAUCAUUACCAGGAUUGGCAGCAUUUAUAUUAUCUCUAAUGUACAUAUAAGAAUCUCCAAGAUAUCUAUUAUUAGAGGGUAAAUAUUAUGAAGCAUUUCAAACUUUAAGAUUAAUGAUAAAAACUAAUAAUACUACAAAAUUUAGCUUAACUAUUGAAAAUGAACACAAAUUAGUUAUAUGGUCGUUAUAUAUGAAUAGUAUUGCCAGAAAGACCGAACAUGGUUCAUUUAAAAGCUUGCUCAAUGGAGAUAGACUAUAUAUUUCAUUAGUUUUAUGGAGUAUUUGGUUUUUCCUUUGUUUUGCUUAUUAUGGAAAUUUAAUGACAAUGCCUUAAAUACUUUAUUAACUUAAAGAUAAUUAAUCUCAAUUAUAACAACUAGUCUAUGCUUGUCUAAGUGAUAUUCUAGGUGCUAUUUUGGCAACUUUAAUUAUUGAUAUUAAAGGAUUAGGUAGAAAGAAUUCAUUAAUUAUUGGAUUUAUCACAGCUGCAGUUUUCUCAUUUUUAUAACUUUACUAUUAUGAAAAUCAUUUUGCUAUUUUAGCAAUUUUAUAAAAAUUGUUUCUCUCUAUGAAUUAUAUUUUCUGGUAUCAUUCUCUUAUUUAUAAUAGUUACUAAUUAACGACUGAACUAUAUCCUACUAAAUUAAGAACUACAGGAUUGGGUACAGCAGUUGCAAUAGGGAGAUUAGGUGUCAUCUUGAUGCCUUGGUCUUGUAUGAUAGUUUCCUAAUAUUCUAUCAUUGCACCAUUUCUUUUAUUUUCCGUUGCUUCCUUUAUAGGAAGUAUUUUUACUUGCUUUAUUCCCUUUGAUACACUAGGGAAAAGCUUAGAUAACAAUAAUUGAUUAAUUAAUUUAUCAAUUUAUU